GAAGGGAGGAGUUGUACCCGUUCAGCUCGGAGGUCAGCGAGCGUUCUGGAGGAACAACGACAGAUAUGCGCCCUUUCAGUUGUCAGACACGCUGUGCGAGGUGAAACUAUUUUACUAACUUUUAUUUACUAAAAACGAUCCCCCCCAAAAUCCUCAAAGUGGCUGUAACACAACAAGAUGUGGAAAACAAUCAAGGGGUGUGAAUACUUUCUGAAUGCCCUGUAUACGUCUCCCUACAUUUAGAAAGAUGCGUUUCCUGCUCCUCUUCAGUCGCCAGGGCAAGCUCCGUCUCCAGAAGUGGUUCACGCCCAUCCCCGAGCGAGAGAAGAAGAAGAUCACCAGGGACAUGACCACCAUGGUGUUGGCACGGAAACCACGCUCCUGCAACUUCCUGCACUGGAAAGACCUAAAGAUUGUCUACAAGAGGUAUGCCAGUCUGUAUUUCUGCUGUGGUCUGGAUGCUGAGGAGAAUGAACUUCUGGCCUUGGAGAUGCUGCAUCGCUAUGUGGAGCUGUUGGACAAGUACUUUGGCAACGUGUGUGAGCUGGACAUCAUCUUUAACUUUGAAAAGGCCUGCUUCAUCCUGGAUGAGUUUCUAUUAGGGGGAGAGGUGCAGGAGACUUCCAAACUAGUGGUGGCCCGCUCCGUCGAGGCCUCGGACAUGCUACAGGAGAAACAGAGACUGAUGGAGAUUAUACUUCUAUUUCCUUUAUUCUUCAGUUGCUACCAUGGAGGAAUACAUGAGCAAGCCUGCAUUCUAACACUGGGGGAAAUGGAUCUACACACACCGGAAGGAAUCUGAACGAUUACAGACCUGGAAGUCUUACUACUGUACAGAACCAUGGAGUUAUGAGUUCUAGAAUGAUGUGUCUGAAUCUGUGUCCUGAGGCAGGCAGGAAGUGUUUUUAAGUAGGGAAGUGCAUCCUGUUUCUGCAAAUAGGACAAUAACAUGAUGACCAAUAAAUUGGUAGGAGACACUCAUUGAUUGAGCUAUUAUCAAAUGUAUAUUGAUACUGUAUGAUCACCCAUCCCUCUUGCUCGUCGAUGUACAUUGAGGUUACUGAAAACUGUGGUUAUGACAAUCAUUAAAAUCAAUACUCACAUUUUUUUUCUCCAAAAUAUGUACUCUGUAUUGACAUUUUAAGAAGUGCCUUUUUAGAAAUAUGUAUUUGAAGUUGUGUUUUAAAUGCAUCUUGUAGACUAGCCUUUUUCUGUGUGACUUGUUGUAUGAUUAUAUCUUGGAAAGGGAGUGAUUAUUUAUCUGGGUGAAUGUCACAGUUUUUUUUUAUAUAACUAAUUAUGGAUCUUGAAUGGUGAAGACUUUUGGAAUUAAAAUGUGUAUUUUGAUA